CGCUGUCCCCCGCUCGGCUCGCGGAGGCGCUGCACAGAUACUCGCCUUUGGCCACCGGCUCCUGCUGCUGCUGCCGCCCAGAGGACAGACCAGCCUGUGCCCGCGAUUUCGCCUCGGCGGCGGCGCUGCGGAAAGCGGAGAGCGGGUGGGCGCGAGCUGCAGGAUGCGAUGUAGUUCUCUGCUUGCCUCGGAGUUGUCUGAGUUGGCAGAGCCUCGCCCGGGUUCCCUGAGCCCUGCUCCCUUCGGGCUCGCUGCUCACGGAGUUGCUAGCCAUCGCUGUGCCAGGAAGCUCAAGCUCCGAGCUCCUACCCUGGGUCCAUCCUGGGGCAGAGUAGGGCUGUCCCCAGCCGAGGCGCAUUGUCUUCUCUCUGCUGACCCAUCUGUUUUCUCAUGGCAUCUCGUCAACAAACCCGAAUCCAGGCUUACCUGGAGAAAAACAAGAUCGGUCCUCUGUUUGAGGAAUUAAUGACCAAGUUAAUCACUGAGACACCUGACCAGCCAAUCCCAUUUCUCAUUGACCAUCUUCAAUCUAAACAAGGAAACCGAGGACAACUGCAAAGAACUUUGUCAGGGUCAGCAGCUCUCUGGGCAGAAAGUGAAUCAUCAGAACUCAAAGGAACAACAAGAAGGGAUUUUAGAAGCUAUGAUAAACCUUGGCAGAUGAAUGCAAAGAAGCCUAAAAAGUCAAAAAGUGAUCUGGCUGUAUCUAAUAUUUCUCCUCCAUCACCAGACUCUAAAUCAUUGCCAAGGUCAGUAGACCAUCUUAAGUGGAACUGGCGGACUAAACCACAAAGCCGUGAUUUUGAUGAAUUGAACCACAUCCUUCAAGAGAGCAAGAAGCUGGGGAAAGCCCUUGAGAAUCUCUCUCGAAGUAUUGCGAUUUCAGAUGAACUUGAUAAGGAAACACUGGCUUUCAAUUCCUCUCUUCUGAGACCUCGUGUGAUUGGGGAGUGGAUCGGCAGAGCAGAAAAUGAUGCUGAUCCCCUUGCAGCUGAAAUGCUGCAGCCGCCGGUUCCACGGAGUAAGAAUGACUCAUGGGAAAGUGAAGACAGCAGCUCUAGUCCAGCAGGAAGCUUAAAGAUGGAGCCCAAGACUAAAGGAUUAAAACAGCAGCAGCAGCAGCAUAAGAAACUUCUGGCUGCAAUGCUUUCCCAAGACUCCUUCGAGUCCAUCCACAGCCCCACGCCGUCUGUUAUCGAAGAAGACAUUGAUAAUGAAGAUGAUGCAAUGGAGUUGCUGGGUAAUUUUAAAAAUUAAUAACUUCUCUUUUUCAUCUUUUCUGGCAUUGUAAAAUGUGCAAUAAUUGGGGGAUUUUAAACCUUUAGAAUAGUCUUGUCUAGGGCAAAGGGAUCUCUUUAACAUACACUUUCUUUCCAUUAGAACUUUAUGAAGUUGCAUGUAAGAACUAAGUUGAACCUAUGGAAGCAUGUGGAACAUUCCCUAGACUGUACUCUAUGCUUUGUAUACGCAGCGCUCUAUCCUCUGACAUCAGUGAGCUUUAUUCAGUGUGCAAUUGUGAUAGGAUGCAAACCUGUCUGUUUUAUUUUCUUGACUACACAUAUUGUCUAUAAAAUACAUUCUCUUCCUAAGAAGGUUUUGUGGCUAUAAGGUUGCUUUAGAAGAAUAUCAUAGACUUGAAAGAUGUUGGCAGUAGAUUAAUGUUGAAUGCCUUUCAUGGAUGAUAUGGAGUCUUUUAGAGAUUUCAAAGUUUAGAGACCCAUUUCCUUCACACAACUUCAUUGACAUUGUAGAUACAGUUUUUCUUUUAACAGUUUUUCAUUUUUAAAGUUUUAGCGAUUCAAGGAUGUGAUCCUGUUUCAGUAGAAAUAUUCUCAUACAAAUUAUCUUCCUAUAAAUUGUUAAUUGAUACUCACUUUGGGAAAAAAAAAUUUUUUUUUCAGAACAGACUUUCUCUGUGUAGUCCUAGAUGUCCUGGAACUCACUCUGUUGACCAGGCUGACCUUGAGCUCAGAGAUCCACCUGCCUCUGCCUCCUAAGUGCUGGGACUAAAGGUGUGGACCACCAUGCCUGGCUGCAAAAUCAUUUUUGUGAAAGGAUAUGAACUUUUUUUUGCAAGCAGUCCACACGUAAAAUGGUGUGUUUUUAAUUGAGUAGUACUAGCUAUUCUAUAGAGCAGUAAAAUAAUUGGUAUAUGCGUUUAUAACAACAUUCUAUUAUAUUUAAGCUGAAAAAGAAUAAAUAAUAUAUUUACACAUAAAAUAUCAAUGCACUGCAAAGGUACUUUAUUUAAAAUUCUAAAACAGAUUCCUUGGAUUAUGUUCUAUAUAAAUGAUAAGUCUCUAUGCAAACACCUGCAAAGGUGUUAUUCAGUAGAUGAUGGAAGGGUUCAAGAUCUUUUCUAGUGGUCUAAUAGCUACCUUGAGUCUAGAAUUAAGGAGACUGAAUUAUGUCACUUUCGGUUAGAUACUACUGGCACUUGUUUUCUUUUAAGCAAUUGAGACUUACUCCCCUAACUUCUAACCAUUAAAGUGACAGGGCUUUCGGAUACCCUGGCACUUUUGUCCAUCCUUCAUUCACUACCAAGGACUUUGACCUAAGGUCAUAAAAUAAAAUCAUUUCUGUUACAGGCAUUUUCCAGUCAUGUUAAAAAUGUAAACUCAUCACUUCUGCCAUGUUCUUUACCUAUGCUAUCACAGUCAAAUAUAGUGGUGACUCCUAGUGCAGAAGAGGGGGCAGAGGUCACCACUGCACACUUGUUUCAAGAAACUGGUUCCUCUGCUUAGUCUCGCAGGACAAGGGGGUGUAAACCUGGGAGGUGGAGUGUGCCUAGAUCCCUGGGGACUUGUUCACGUACAUAUAGGGUCUUUUGUAACUGUGUCUGUCAAUUGCUUCUCUGCUGGUCAGGGAUAGUGAAAGAGAUGAUUGAGAGACUCUUAGGAGAUUCACAUGUCUACGUUAUGCUGACUGUCCUGAAACCUUACCCGCUCUGUUCAAAAGUUUCUAGCUUUCUAAACUGAAAACCGGAGGGUUGGAUCUUGGCAUCUACCUCGUGAUGAGCCACUAGUGAUUGACUCUCAUUAACCCUUCUUCUCCUUUUGAUAUUUAGCCUGCAUUCUGUCCAGGCUUAGCAGUAAAGAAUUGUAGAGGCUUUGGGCAUUCUCUGUGUAGUCUCCCAUAUCUCUGCCCAGGUGGCUGAAAGGGACGCUGCUCUCUUAGUGAUGAGCAUUUCUUGUAGUGGCAUGCAAUGCCCAAGCACACAGCAGUAACAUUAGAUAAUUCCACAUGCGUUUCCCCUGGUUUUGAAAAUGAUUCCAGAGAAACAUGAGAUUGCAUUUAGAUGAUGAAAACACAAAUGUUAAUGACUUGACAAUUUAUGCAAAAUGAAAAUUUAGUACAUAGAAUCAUUGUUAUGAUGUAACUGACAUUGUUGUUUAAAAUAUCAUUUGGGAAUCUAUGAUGCAUUGCAGAAUGAGCUUGCUGUAAUGUGUUUUUAAUGGUUUAAUUUUUUUAUUAUCUAUGCCAUAAUAAAGUAAGCUGAAAAUGUGUCAUGCAUGGAAAGUAAUCUAUAAAUGUGAAUUGAUACAAAAAAUAUAUGACUUUAUUUAAUAUUAAUAUAAAAAUGAAUUACCUAUCAAUAUAGUUGGUUGACUUAAGCAGAAAAUCUUUUAGUGUAGACAGUACAUAUAAAUAAACUUAGUCCUUCUUGUCUUUAUUGAAAUGCAGUGUUGUUAAUACAUGUUGAUUAUAUAAUCACAGUUGUUUAAAUGUAUGUCUAUGGAUUUAUUUCAUAAACAUACUAGGCAUGUGGAAAUAUAUUUUAGGAUCCAUUUCAUAUUAAUUUCUAUGAUUACUUUAAAUUCUAUUUAUAAAUUAAUAGUGCAGAAAUAACCACUUAUGAAAUUAAUAUGAUCUAUCAAAUAAUGAACUAUCUGUACUUGGAGAUUUAAAAUCACACCAAUAAUAAGUACCUCUGAAAUUGGCUCUAGAUAUACAAAACAUAUAAUAAAAACGUCUUCCCACUCACCUCAAAUGAUACACUUCUCAACCAUAAAUAUAAGAAAGCCUCAACUGUUUUGGUGGCUACACUGACACAUAACAGUCAGAUUCAUGAAGAGUCUUUCCAGAAAAUGAUCACAUUUUCUAAAACAUCUACUAAAAUCAAGAGUUUUUCAAAAAUGGUAUGAGACAAGAUGAGUUUCCCAGACCUUCUAGGGAUUUUUUCUUUAUCCUUACAGGGAAUUUAAGGAACUGUUAAGGAUGUUUGACUGUGUGACCAUCUUCCCAUUUUCUUAUGUUUCCAGUUUUCAUCAUCAUGUUAGAAAUGUAACAGUAGUAAAUGAAUACAAUGAGUAGUGAAAAAAUUUUUGAAAAAUUAACAGUAAUAUGUAGGUAAUUGCUUUCUACACAGUUUAAACUGAUUUAUUCCCAUUUUAAAAAGCUAGAAUAAAAGGCACAACUAAUUUAUUAUAUAUUUUCAUUGAAACAAUUACUUAUAAAGUACUUUAGGCUUUCUUAGAUUUGAGGACAAGGAGACUAUCUAAAAAUCAUAUUCCAGAGAUGCUAAAGCCACUAUACUUUUUGGCCUUAGCUCAGAAUUAUAUAAUUUAAAUUUAAAGCUAACUCUACAUUACCUCAAACAAACAACAUUGUUAUAAACAUAAUUUACUCACUUUAAGAUAAAUGGGUAAAUGCAGUUUCUAGGUCUCCAAUAUCUUAACAAAUAUAUCAACUCAUUAUUGGCAAAAUACAGAGAAGAUUUACUGGAGGGACUCAUUUAGGUGAGGUGUUCUUUUGCUCAAUUCUUCUGCAUUUUGAUGAACUUUGUUUAAGAUAAACAUUCACUGCCAUGUGUUUGGUUAAGUUAGAAGCAUUUAAGGAAACAAAACAAAACAAAACAAAAAACCCAAACAACCUUCCCAUAUUUACAAAGUAAAAGUAGGCCAUUGCAUCUGAGAGAGAGGAAGGCUGUCAUUGUGGCUCAGGGAAGGAGACACCACAUGUUGUUUAUACUUUACUGACUUAAUACCUGUGAAACAGUCUAAACCAGAAGGAACCAGCAACAUAAGCCUCUAUGGUUUUUUUUUUUUUUCUCUUAUAGCAUUGAUCAUUUAGAACAUCAGAAUAGCAAAAGAAACUGAAGAGUCUUCAUAAAAAAUGAUUCUUUAUAAAAAUUCUGAGGACUUUCAGACAUUGAACCACUGAGUAUUUCAAUAUUACCUGUAAGAUUGCUUAAAACAUUAAUUCAUUCAGUGUAGUAUAAAAGCAAGUUAAUCUAAAUUAGUGCCCAUUAUAGAUAAAAUAUCAAAAUGGGGAGUACUUUAACAUAUAGUUAAAACACUCAGAAGAUUAAUUUUUAAGGCACUGAAAAGAGUUACCUCAAUCCAAGUCAGUUUUAUUUCACAAUAUGAUGUUCUAAAAAAUUCCAUUAAUUAUUCUUCAGCUAUUACCAAAAGUUAACCAAACCUUACAGAGAAGCACCAAAUCAAUCAGUGUAGCUGCAGACCUAAGGCAUCCUGAAAUAUUGUGAGGUAUCUGUCACUUGUCAUAAUAUCUCCCCUGGGACAAAAGCUCUGGAGAAGGUCCCAUUCUUGUGUUGGCAUCCAUGCUCUGAGCUGUAACUUCAGUUGACUUCCAUAUUGUCAUUGCCUAUAUGAAAUCCACAUAGACACAAUCGCCCUGUGGUUAAAGGACUUGAAUAAGGACUUGUCAAACUCAAAAGAACACUGAUAGAAAGGAUAUACGCAGAAACUGAGAAGGUUCACUGAUCAUUGUUUACAGCCAGAGACCAUGAAGUGGAAGUUUCUGAGUCAUCCAUACUCACUAAUUUGUUCGGUGUUUGGAAUUCUACGCAUGGUUUGUUCUCUGUAUUUGUUAUUUUUAUUUCUUUCCAAAGAUACCAGAAUUUUUGCUAAUAGUAAUGAAUACUUUGUGUGGAGUAUUCAUUUUUUUUAAUGAGUAUAAUACAAGAAGAUGUCAUCAAAACCGUACCUACCACUUGAUAGCAUUUGUAUGGCAUGUGAUAAGAAAUGCUUUGCUUUCCACAUGUAAAUAAACAAUUCCAACUGUAAAGCACAUUGAUCCAGGAGAAUAAAAUUAAUAGUUUGCAAGUAAUUUCUAAACACGUAGACAAAUCCUUUGAAGUGUUGAUUGUACUUCAGGUGAAAACGUCUUUUACCCAGCAGACAACUGCUUCCAGUCAUUUCUGUGUAGGUUUACUUAAGAUAUAUUGACUAUUACACAAAAGUAUGAAGUGAUUGACACUUACCAAUGGCAGCAUUAGUGUUUUUCAUACACGUACUGUGGCUUUCCCCUGAACAUUGUGACCUGUGGGCCACUGUGAUGUGCUGUAGGUGACCUGGCCAAAGACCUGUGCUCCAAUUCUAAGAUCCAAAUCGUCUCCCAUGCUACCUCUUGCUAGUUUUUUUCCCCCCACGUUUUUGCUUUUAAGGGAAUUGCUUUUUAAUCUUUUACUAAUCUCCGAGCUUCAAGGAAUUAGUUGUAAAUUCCUAGAUGCACCAUGUGCUCUCUCUACUGCACAGGCAUGGUGUGAGGUAAUAAGAUAUUCUCAGAAAAUGACACAUUCCUCUUCCAUCACAGCUGACAGGAAUACUGGGGGAAAAGGACAUGAAUUUAUGUAUAAAACUCUUCUCCCAACCAGUUAUGUUCUCUAACCCGUGGCUAUGUUAUGCAAUUGGAGGCGAAAGAAAAUAUGUGCUUUCUUUAACUGUGGAGAAAAGCCUUCCAACAGUAAAAACCAGUGUUUCUCAGAGCAUAAAAAAAUACUUGGGGCUGGAGAGAUGGCUCAGAGGUUAAGAGCCCUGACUGUUCUUCCAAAGAUCCU